UGAUCGAUUCCACCACAAACAGGAAGGGGAAGACACAGUUUAACAAGCAAGUCAUGUAAAAAUAGCUCACUCAUUUAGUGCAUUUCUUUUAUUUUACAACAGAAGUUUUUAAACUAAAAAGAUGUUCGUCGGGGACGAUGAAGACGGAGACUUCCUGUUUCCCUCCGGAGGGGCCAAGCUGGCCUCCUUGUUUGGACUCGACCAGGAAGCCAGUCAGGGGAACGACUCGUUCCAGUACACCGCUCCCAAACAGCCCAGAAAGAGCUCCAACGCAGCACCACCUGCACAGAAACCAGCUCCACCACCCGGAGCCCCUGCAGUGUUAUUCGCCACAGCGGUCCAAGCCUUCAGAUAUAUUAACGGACAGUAUGUGAAGCAAGGCAAGCUGGGAGCAGCCGUACUGGGCAGCCACACAACAAAGGAGUACAAGCUUCUUCUGUACUUGAGCCAACAGAAGCAAGUGACCGCUGCCAAGAUUCACGUGGGCUUUAUUUUCACGGUACAGCCAAACAAUUACUGCACUUUUUACGACGACCAGAGGCAGAACUGGUCCCUGAUGUUUGAGUCGGACAAAGCUUCAUCAGACUUUUGCAAAGAGGUUUGUCUGGCUAAAGCCAACAGCGUGGCCUCGUUAGAUAUUGUGGUGGUUCAGGAUCUGAGUCUGGGCGAGGGCCAGGCGGUGGAGAACGGGGACUCACUGGAGGUGGUGUACACAGGCUGGCUCCUGCAGAACCACACCAUCGGACAGAUGUUUGACUCCAACCAGAACAAGGACAAGCUGCUGAGACUGAAGGUCGGAGCUGGAAAAGUGAUCAAAGGCUGGGAGGAAGGGAUGCUGGGGAUGAAGAAAUCAGGCCGGCGCCUCAUAAUCAUCCCACCCAACCUCGCUUACGGAUCCAAAGGAGUCCCAAACCGCGUCCCGGCUAACAGCACACUUAUAUUUGAAGCGGAGCCACGGCGGGUGAAGUUCGCCAGGGACAACGGCUCUGACCGAGCGAGUGCCUGCUCCAGAGACUCUGCUGCUCCCUCUCUUGCUCCCUCCCUUGCUCCUUCCCCUGCUCCCAGCGUGGAGAACCUGGCCCUAGAGGCCCCAGCACAGACCCCAGCCCCAGGUCCAGGCAGACCAGGGGAGCCACCAGUUCGUGUUAAGUCAAACUCACUCAGUGAACAGCUGGCGAAUCCCGACGCCACAAAAGCCAAGUUGAUCUCUCGCAUGGCAAAGAUGGGACAGCCCAUGUUGCCUUUCCUGACGGGAGCGGCCGGCCAGCCCGAGUCCAGCGACUCUGAGCUUGAGGACACCAGCGGCGGCAGAGCGAAGGAUCAGCCCACGGCUCCGUCUCCAGUCCCCAUCUCCACCUCUGCUGCAGCUCCUGUUCCUGCUGCAGCUCCAGCUCCAGCUCCAACACAUGCACAUCCUCAUCCUCUCACCGCUCAGCCUUCUGCCUUACUUCCUGUUAUGAGCACUUCUGUGCCGCAGCCCGGGCUGCCAGGCAGCAGCCAUGCCUUUCAGCCUUACAUGUACACUCAGACGUCUGUGGCUCCGUCUCAGCUGCAGCAGGUCAGCCAGGUCUACCCUGCACCAGCGGUCUCAUACAUGGGCUCCAGCGAUGUGACUUCAUUCCUGAUGACAGAGGCGCGACAACACAACACAGAGAUCCGCUUAUCUGUCGGGAAAGUUGCGGACAAAGUGGAUCAACUGACCUCAAAGAUAGAUGAGCUUCAGAAGCAGGGAAGCCUCUCGCUCGCUGUGCCCAGUAUGUCGAUGGAAACCUCCAUGAUCAUGCACAACAUCCAAAGAAUAGUCCAGGAGAAUGAAUGUUUAAAAAAGGAGGUGUUUGAGAAAAGCUCCCGCGUUGAGGAGCAGAACCGUAAAAUCGGGGAGCUCAUCAACGAGAACCAGAGGUGCAUGGAGCAGAGUAACCUGCUGCUUGAACAGAGGAACGACUCCCUGAAGUCGUCCAGUGAACAGAACCAGACCAGAUUUCUGCAGGCCGAGCAGGACAAGCAUGCACUGCCUCAGGACCUGGGCUCCGGCCAGGUUCGUCUGACGGAGGAUCUGGCUUCGUCCGCGGCCCGGCUGUCUCAGCUGCAGCUGGACGCUUCAGCUCACCAGCAGAAGGUUCUUGAGCUGCAGGGCAAACUGAGCUCAGCGCUGCAGGACAGUGAGAGUCAGAACCAACGCAGCUCCGCCCUGGAAGCACAGCUGGAAGAGCUGAAGGAGGCAGCAGAGAGGGCUCAGGCUCAGUACCGCUCAGAGAAGCAGAGACGCAAAGAGAUGGAGCUCAGACUCAACAACAUGGAGGAGGAAAUCCAGGACCUGAAGGCCGACAAAGAGAGCCUAGAACGAAAUCUGUUGGACAGGAAGAAGAAGUGGCAGGAUGAGCGUCAGCAUCGGGAUGAGGAGGUGGAGGAGCUCCGCAGGAGCAGCCAGCAGGAGGUGGACAACCUCCGAGCUCAACUCCGCAAGGCCCGGACCAACACUGACAGCGCUGCAUCUGAACAGUUGUCUCAGCUGCAGGCAGACCUGGAGGACGAGUGGAAGAAGAGGUGUGAGCAGAUGUUGGCCUCUGCUAGAGAGCAGCACAGCAGAGAGUCGACUGAACUGACUGAGCAGAGAGAUUCUGUGCAGGACAAGCUGACACAGCUCCAGGAGAAGUUCACGGUUCUGAAGCAGUCGAGAGAUUCGGAGGGAGAGAGUUUGCCUCCACAGUGCGGGCAGACUGAGGAGCUACAGGCCCUGCAGGACAAAUACACCGCUCUGGAGCAGCAGGGAGUCUCUGUCCAGGAGAAACUGGAGAAGAGAGUUGCUGAACUGGAGAAUAAACUGGGAGAGCAGGAGGGUUCAGGAGACACUGCAGCAGAGGUGAAGCGUGUGAUGAACGGAGUGUUUCACUCUCUGAGAGCAGAGUUUGAUGUCAGUGAGUCUUACAGCGGUCAGGCGGUGCUCGGGGUGAUUGUCACUACCAUUAAGAAUGUAACCCUGCAGCUGCUCAGUGGAACAGACAGACCGUCACAGAAACCGAUUAAGAGUGAAGAGGAAGCAGAGAAGGAGGAAGAAAGUGAAGAUGUGAGACAAAGAGAGGAGACGUGUCAGCAGCACGUCCAUGUGAAUGGAGAGAGAGAAGAGAAGGAGGAGGAAGACGAGCAUGAGGAUGAUUCUAACAGAGUGGGCGAGACUGUGAAGGAUCAGGAAGUAUCAACAGAGAAGCAGGCAGAGGCAGCAAGUGAGUCAAAGACACAGGCAGAGACUUUAGAGAAAACUGAUCCCAACCCAGCUUCAGCCGCUGAACCCAAACAACCAGAGACACCAGCAGCAGCAGCAGCAGAGUCUACAGUACAAGAGGAGCAGGUGGAGCUCUCUUUUCCAGAAACCUCUACAGAGGAAAAAGACACCAACAGGUCUGCAGAGUCACAAGACGAACCUGAAGAGAGACCUCCACCUGCAGACCGACAGGAAAGUGUGUCAGAAGUAAAAGCUGCAGCGAGCAGCGACAUGAAGCAGGAGUGUGUGGAGGACAGAGAGCACGAAGGAGAAAUACAAGCUGACUCUCAGAAAGCUUUUUCACCCCCGGUUAACCCCCCUCCACCCCCGAACGCCCUUCAAAAGAGCUCAGGAGAAGACGUGAGUCUGACUGGGGGAAUGGGUGAGGAAAAUGGAGAGGAGCCAUUUUUCCAGAACACAAAUCCUGCAAAACCCCCCGCAGCUCCCAGUGAGGAGGAAGAGGAGGAUGAGAUGAGUCUGAAGGGCCGCCCACCCCCCGCCCCUCUGUUUGGUGAUGAUGAGGAGGAGGAUGAUGAUCUAGACUGGCUGAACUGAGCUGUAGCCAGGAUAAAAACAAAGUCUGCGUCUUCAUUUCCAGCAUAUAUAAAAAGGCGCAUGGUUCCUUCUGCAGCUGUGUCUGCCCUGUGGGAGCAGUGAAGAUGACAGGGGCGGCCUCUGCGGCUGGAUCUGAUUGGACGGAGCGGAUCCGAGCGCCCUCCUCUUCGUCUAAGAGUCGUCCUGCUGACUGACAGCUGCUGUCUGUUGAGAACAAAGCUGCUGCUCCAGACUCUGAUUGUGGUUCAAAUCCCAAGCCUGUAAUUCACAGAAGAAUCAAAACCACUUCAUUUCAUUUGUCAUGUGUUGAUGAUGCAGUUUAAUUCAUGUUUCUACAUGGCACUGUAGCAGAUUAGUUUGUCCAAUCAGCAGUAAUCCUGUCGUCUGUUUUCUUUUUUUAGACUGUAAACCAUGAAAUGGUUUUGAUUAUUAGCUCGCUGCUUUAGAAAUAGAACUUUUAAUAAAGUUUUUGCUAACCUGAAAUUCAUUCCAGAAAAAUAAAAGAGGUGAAAAUGUG